AAAAGCUCUCGAGCUGUCAAACCUCCAUCUUUUUCUCUUCGCGAUUGACGGGUGGAUCAAAAAAUUUUCACAGAUAAUCUUGCUGCUUAUUCUGAGCACUUUUGUUAAAUUCCAGACCAGAAAUGAGGAUUUCCGAGAUCCUGCGCGCCGUGGCGGUGAGCGAUGCUAAGCCAAAUAAGCCCCAAUUGAGGGGUCUCCACCAGGCAACCAUCAAGCGGAACCUUGCUGUGGCUAUCGGCCUGGCCGCCUUGUCCGUGGUGGCAAUGAAGUUCCUAUACAAUAAUCCCCGGAAGGAGAGAUACGCUGAGUUUUACAAGAACUACGAUGCGGAUGCUGCAUUUGAGCGCAUGAAGCAGCGCGGUGUGUUCGACUCCGUCAAACCCGACGAAUAAACCGUAGAAGAAUGCAAAAUUGUCUAGUGAUAAAUCAGGUUGAAGAUUAUGUAACAAAUACACGGAAGGAGAUUGUCCCACAAAA